GAGAAGUAGCCACUUCCUGGGGCUGCCAGCCGAGGCCGCUAGUUAUCCCGGACUGCACCGGAGGGUGGGCGCCAGGUGCUGACCUCGUCACUAUGUCCCAUCAGACCGGCAUCCAAGCAAGCGAAGACGUUAAAGAUAUCUUUGCCAGGGCGAGGAAUGGGAAAUACAGGCUUCUAAAGAUUUCAAUUGAGGAUGAACAACUUGUAGUUGGAUCUUCUAGUCAGCCUGCAGAGACUUGGGAUAAAGAUUAUGAUUCUUUCAUUCUCCCACUGCUAGAAGAGAAGCAACCGUGCUAUAUAUUAUUCAGGUUAGAUUCUCAGAAUGCACAAGGAUAUGAAUGGAUCUUCAUUGCAUGGUCUCCAGACUAUUCUCAUGUUCGGCAAAAAAUGUUGUAUGCAGCAACCAGAGCAACUCUGAAAAAGGAGUUUGGCGGUGGUCAUAUUAAAGAUGAAUUAUUUGGGACAGUGAAGGAAGAUGUUUCAUUGAGUGGAUAUAGAAAAUAUUUGAUAUCUCAGUCUUCCCCAGCCCCUUUGACUGCAGCUGAGGAAGAAUUACGACAAAUUAAAAUUAAUGAGGUGCAGACUGAUGUUGGUGUGGACACUAAGCAUCAAACACUACAAGGGGUGGCAUUCCCCAUUACUGGAGAAGCUCUUCAGGCUUUGGAAAAAUUGAAUAAUAGACAGAUCAACUAUGUACAGUUGGAAAUAGAUAUAAAAAAUGAAGUUAUAAUUUUGGCCAACACAACAAAUACAGAGCUAAGAGACUUGCCAAAAAGGAUUCCAAAGGAUUCGGCACGUUAUCAUUUCUUUCUAUAUAAACAUUCCCAUGAAGGAGACUAUUUGGAGUCUAUAGUUUUUAUUUACUCAAUGCCUGGUUAUACAUGCAGUAUAAGAGAACGGAUGCUUUAUUCUAGCUGCAAGAGUCCUCUACUAGAAAUUGUAGCAAGAAAACUACACAUGGAUGUAAUUAGAAAGAUUGAAAUAGAUAAUGGAGAUGAAUUAACUGCAGACUUCCUUUAUGAAGAAGUACAUCCAAAGCAACAUGCACAUAAGCAAAGUUUUGCUAAACCAAAAGGUCCUGCAGGAAAAAGAGGAAUUAGAAGACUAAUUAGGGGUCCAGCUGAAACUGAAGCCACUACUGAGUAAAGCUAUUACAUGUACUGGUAAUACUAAGUAUUAUAAAAACCAGUUUUUUAAAAGUCUAGUUUUUAGUCCCAGAGGAUGUUAAUCACUACAUAUGAAUGUGGAAUGUUCAGAAAAAAAUUUAUUAAAAAAGAAAACAAAACACAGUAGCACCUCUUACCUAUUUUCAGUGAGAUAAACUCUAAAACAUUUAUUUCAAUUUUCAUCUAUUUCUGUGUUCAACACUAUAAAUGGUAGUAUUUCAGUUUUAGAACAUCAAGUUACAAAUCAACACAUAAUUAGCAUCAUCCAAUUUAGUUAGUCUUUGAAUUUUUUACAAUGCUUAAAAUUGCAUAUGAUUAAGCUAAAUUUUAGUUAUUCUUAAUGACAUAAAGAAUAGCCAUUCAAUUCCAACUGUCCUCCAAAUAUUCUUCCCAAAACUGGCUAUAUUUUUUAAACUAUUUUUUCCUCUGAAUUAGAUAUCCAUUUGAUUCAUCUUUGAACCUUAAAAAAAAAAAAGUAAGAAAGAAAGAAAAACAGGAAAUAUGUCUUUACUUAAUUUGUUAAGUAAAAAUUUAUUUUCCCUUCUGAAAACAUUGGUUUGUGCCUAAUAGAUGAAAAUGUAUUUGUUAACUUUGGGGAGCAGUAUUAGCUCUUACAGAAAUCUAGGAUACAUUCAUGAUCUUUUGAAAUUUCUAAUAGUUUGUGAUUUAUACUUUAUUUUGUUAAUAUUAUUGUUGCAACAAAUUGAUUGACUUUGAAAAUUUUAAAUGAUUUGAUAAGUUUCAACAAUGAAUGAUUUCUCUUUACUUUUUUGAAAUGUUGAGUUUAAAUCUUUUUGGCAUAUUAAAAAAAGUAUUUCUCAAAGCCGAUCAAGUUAUUCUAUGUUAGAGGAGGGAGCCAAUGGUUAAAAUCCAUAUUGAAUUUAAAGUUAAUGUCAUUAAAUCAAGACACAGAUCUUUUAAGAUCAACUGAAAUUUUGAAGAAAAAAAAAAGCAGUUUUUAAUACCAGUGGUUUUCCUGUGUAAAAACUACAAAAUUUACAUAAAAUUUGAUUAUUUUAAAAUUAUUGAACAAAUUGUUUUCUAAUUUAUUAUCACAGUACUUGUACAACCUAAUAUAAAUCAGCUUUUAAAGUUUGGCUUGAACAUAUUUGUUUGGCUCUAACUUAUUUCAGACAAAUACACAAUUUUAGCUAAUGAUUUUGUAGUUUCAAUCUCUGUAGAAAUUUUGGACCUAAUUUGGAAGGAGUUAUGACUUUUUGUGGCAUUUGGUCAGUGAAAAAAAAAAUUGCAAGCCAUAAUUUCCAGUUGAUUUUACUGAUUUCUAAAAUGAACUGAAGUGAGCCAAGAUUUGUACUCUGGAAACAUACACAUUUCAUCGUAUACAAUGCAAAGCACUCUAUUUCUAGAAUUCUAAAUUUUAUUGCACAGUUAACCUUUUUGUACGCAUUUAUUUUAGCAGUUAGACCCAAUAGAGACAUUUUGAGACAAUUAUAGAUUGACUAGUUGAGUUCUUAAAAACCAAAAGGGCAGUCUGUAUGGGGUUUUGUUUGUUUACAAGUAAUAAUUCAGUUUGUAAUACUUAAACAUGCUAAGUAAUUUACAUUCUCACUACACUAGUUUAUGCACAACAACGAUGAAUUUUAAAUUUGUUUUGCAAAUAAAAAUUUGUGGCCAUUAAUAAGACCUACACUGAGUUGAUCAAUAAGCUCCACUUACCUUACAUGAACGUAAAUGGAUAUUCUUGAAUAUAGUAUAUAUUUGUCUUAAGGUAAUUUUUUUCUACUUGUGAUUGUUUGAAAUUUUAAAAUGCAUAUAUUCUAGAAUAUAACCAUAUGACUUAAAUAUGUUCAAAAUAGUAUUUUACAAGAAAUACAAAUUUUAAAAAAUCUAAUAAAUUUAUACAGCAGAAGAGAAUUAUAUUAAAUACUUUUUAUAUCUCAAUAAAAACAUUUUUCUCUCUGUUUCAUAUAUAUAGUUUUUAAAGACCAUUUUCUGUGGUACAAUUUUUUUAAAAAAUAUUUCUCCUAUUUUUUUUUUUUUAAUUUAGCUCAUUGUACAUCAGGUUUUUGGACUUGUGAAUCUGUAUACUUUAUUAGGUUUCACUACUUUCCUUUAACUUAUAUUAUUUGAGUGUGUCCAAUAAAAAACAGUUCUUAACUAGUCUUUUAAAACCCA